UUGUGUAUUAUUGCAUUUAUAAAUAAUAAUAAGAGGCUCUUAUAAUCGUGACUCCUUACCGAUACUUACAAUUAUUGUCAGGAAGAAGUCCAUGAAUUUCUUAAACUCCUUUUUCGAAUAGCUGUUUCUUUUUUACACUAAAUGUGAUCAUUUCAGACAUCAGUGUCAUCCACUGUCUAAGAGGCAGAGCUAAUCGACUUACCUUGAUCAGUACAGGUGCAAGCUGUGUCUUCAUCGAUCAUCAGUCAAGGAUUGACCAGUGGUGCCAGAGAGACUCCAAGGCAUACCGCCAACGCCAUGGACCCUUCUCACCAGGAAAUCACAGAGCUGGUGCUCCACCACCCAGAUAUUCCUGCCGAUCCAUCGGCCUACUACCCGACGGAGCCUGUACAGCAGCCGUACGAGGCAAUCCAGCAGCAGCAGCAGCACUCUGUUCCAAUGGCUUAUCCGCACCACCCGCAGUCAACAGCAUCCUGUGUGCAGAUGACUUAUACAGUUGUGGAGCAGACCUCUCCUUCUGCUCCAUCCAUGCAAGUGGGCUAUCUGCAUCCUCUUCAUAACCCACAGCAGCAGCCUCAGCAGCAGCCAGCUAAACAGUGCAAAUGCAAGUGCACUUGUGAGGCUUCUGCCCCAUCAGCCACACCGCAGGUGGAAGCCCCCACCCCCACCGCUGUCCCAUGUUCCUCCACAUCUGCCGGACCAUCCAAACCUACCAAACCCAAAUCAACCAAGGGGUCCAAACCUGCCAAUUCCUCAGCCCUCCCGGACAGCCCGAACCGAUCUCCGGUGGCUCGAGUCGCGGGCCCGCCUCCGCCUCCUGUACCGCUAGUGGAGGAGCUCCACAGUUACAGCUGUCGCAUCUGCGGGAAGACGUUCAAGCUGAAGGGUGCGGUGGUAGUUCAUAUGAGGGUGCACAGUUUGGAGAGGAAGCACAGCUGCAACUACUGCGACAUGAAGUUUAAAGACACCAACUCGCUACGGCAGCACAUUCGUCGCCACACGGGCGAGCGACCGUACCAGUGCAGCUACUGCGACAAGGCCUUCAAGCAGCAGAGCGGUUUGAUGCAGCACGAACGGCUUCAUACUGGUGAGCGUCCGUACGCAUGCCGUUUCUGCCAACGUACCUUCGUCCAGAAAAACCACGUGGAUCGCCACGAGCGCGCGCACACGGGGGACAAACCGUACACAUGUCGUCACUGCGGUGCAGCGUUCGUGGAUCGUAGCGGUCUGAACCAGCACGCGUUCAAUCAGCAUGGAGAGGAGCCACUGAAGCUGACCCCGGCUGGGACGGUGCCGAGGGGUAGUGGUCGUCCUAGAAAACAAGCUGAGUGUGUGGAGGAGUUGGAUAAUCCGGUGGUUGUGGCGAAGAAGGCCAAAGUGGAGCCGGCAGUGUAUGCCGAUGAUGCUGGAGAGGAUGGUAGACAGGGUGUUGAAGAGGCAAAUGUUGAAUACCAGAGCGGAAAUGAUGAACAGGAGCAUAUUGUGGUAACAGAAACAGGGGCAGUAAAAAGGGUGAACGCAAAAGGCACACAGAAGUUCCGAAAGCGGAAAAGGCGAGAAGAAGGAGCCGACAACCCUCAAAAAGCUCUCUGGAAGGCCGGUCUAGCCCCUCACCCGGGCGGGCGCCCUCCAAAGCACGUAGCCGACGUGUUGGUUCUCCCAGCUCCCGUCAGUAUCGUGCGCACUGGUAGGAAGCGCAUGUCACAGACCCUGGUGGAGGAUCUGGCGCUUCUGCCGCCGAGGGAACAGAUCAGAAGUCGCGGAAGGCCGAGGAAAGAGGAAGAGAGGGCGAUGCUAGAGGCGGGAGCGAGGAUGAUGCAGAGCGAAUCCAGUGAGGAUGAUAUGGGCGUUAUACAGUCUCCACUGGCGGACAAUUUGAGUGAGAUCACUGUUGAAGAGUUGUGAGGUCAAACUAGACACUCGGACGCUGGAUCGUGUUUGGUUUAGUGUAGAAAAUGGAGGGAUAGGGUCGCUCGAGUGAAUCGUUGGCAUGCGGUUGUUACAUUUGUAGAUAUUAGAUCGAUUAUUUGUAGUGCUGAAGGUGUAAAGUAUAAAACCGUCAUUCAUUAUUUGAUGUCGCUUAGAUGCGAUUAUGUCUGGCUUUUUUCUCCUUGGCAGGAGUAGGUGUUCUAUUCACUGUGCUCGCUAGAAAUCGCAUUUCGUUACAUGUCAGUAUGUGACGAAAGUUCGAACUCAGCGCACGUAAUGUCUUGACAAUCAUUUUCUAUUAUCCUGGUGCAAGGAUGUCUCUCUAAACCUUUGAAGUGCAGCAUUAGGUUGUGCAUCUUGUGCAUCUGUAGUGCAACUUGUGUAUGUCAUAUAGUGUUUUGAUGUGUACUGUGUAACAUAAGUCAUUGGGGCUGUAAUUUAUGUAAAACAGCUCCUAGACGUCAGCCAAAAGUCUUGGCUUUGAGCUGGUGCCGGAUGUCUUUUGUGGUUAUGCUUUUUGUCCUCACAACUUUAUUGCGUCAUUUCAUUCAAAAUCGUGCCAUAUAUGUUGAGCUUCUACGAUUUUGUAAGUUUUUUAUUUGGUGGCUUCACAUACAAACAUCUUAUGACGUCUAUUUUAUCUUUGUAAUUGAUAAUUGCUCCGUCGCAUAAUUGCAACAGAAUGCAACACAGUGGGAUGGUGGCUAUAACCGAUCUCCCUCAUCCUUUGGUUUUGUGUGGACGCUUGCUUGCCUGCAAUAUGUAGAAAACAUCGAAGCAAACACACUUAGAGCUAUCCGAAAGUUCAUUUAGAAAACAUCGAUGGAAAGCAUAGCUACAUUAAGUGUUGAGAUUGUGGUGUAUGUGAAGUGUCCUUGUAUGCAUUGAAUUUCGGUGGAGUGAGUGUCCUCACGUGUGGAGCCGUUGCCAGCUUGUCACCUAUAACCCGUGAGCGUGCUACCUACACCACCUAGGCCCGCACCAGAAUUAGUCCUGAGAUGAUCCUUUUCUGUUUCAAUGAAUACCGACCGAGUACCGCCCUUUCAGAGCUGUUUAUGUGAUUCAGUGUGGACUUAAGUGUGUUGUGUCUGUAAAUAGACAUUAGGCAGUAAUAAUGUCUGCUGUAUGCACCUACUUUAGGGCAAUAGCGGCUCCUACUUGCCGUCACUGGCCUGGCCAGGGUGUAAAAUACAUCGUCUCUGUCUUGUUUUGCGCUCUUGGUUUCUCUUUUCUGGGGCGCGUUUUAUUGCACACAAACGAUUCGUUUAUUUGAUUCGACUGAUGUUACCGUUAUAAUUUUCUUCUCGCUGCCUUCUCUUUCGAAUUUUUAGGAGGUAAACAAUGAACUCGCAUAUUAAAAAUGUGCUCCGUAUCAAACAUGUCUCUUUCUAGUUUACAUAGUCAUAACUUUUGAGGAAAACUUAGAUUAAUGACACUGUCUUCGUUUGUUUCA